AUGCGUUUCACUGCUGCUUCCAUUGCUCUCCUCGCCGGCCUGGCCGCUGCUCUCCCCAACGGUGCCGUUGAGACCGUCUACGAGACCGAGGAUGUGACCAUCACCUCCUGCGCUCCCACCGUGACCAACUGCCCGGCUCGUGCCACCACCCCCGAGGGUGCUGCCGCCGUGACCACUCACUCGGUCCCCACGGUCACUGCUUCCACCGAGACCACUCACUCGGUCCCCACGGUCACUGCUUCCACCAAGACCGCUGAGACUGUUUCAACCAAGACCGCCGAGACUGGAACCCCCGCCGGCCCCAGCGGUGCCAGCCCUGAGCACUCCAGCAGCAGCCUCCCCGUCAUCCCUGUUCACACCAACACCGCCCCCAGCGGCCACGGUGUCACCACCUCCGUUAUCGCCGUGACCACCUGUGUGCCCACCGUCACCUACUCUACCAUCACCGUCCCCGUUGCUACUCCUAGCGGCCCUGCUGGUGGCUCUGGUCACUCUUCCGUCCCUGUCAUCCCCAGCGGUGCUGGCCCUACCGGAAAGACCACUCCCUCCACCACCGCCCUCGUUGCCCUCUCCACCGGUGGCGCCAACGCUAUCGGCCACUCUUUCGCCUUUGCUGGUGCCGCCGCCGCCGCCGCUCUCUUCCUGGCUUAG